AGGCGGCGACACAUUCUCUGUGGGGCCUGGACUCCACCGGGUGAGCGCUGCUCGGCGGUGGCUGCCGUUGCCGUUCUGCGGAGCAGCUGCUAGCGGUCAUCACGCGACGGCUUUACCCCAGCCUGCAUCAGCAGGUCACCGCAUCGAAGUCAUGCUGCGUUCAAAGCAAGGCGCCACAUGCAUUUUGCUGAUCGUGGUUGCGUUGGCCGGAGCCAAAGUCCCAGAUGGUCUGGACUUGAAGUUGCUGAAGGCAUUGACGACUGAUUUGAGCAAGAAUCAGGCUAUCGCCCCGUUCGUCAUGUCCACGCUGGUGACACAGGUCUGGCUGGGAGCCGUGGGCGACGCCAGAAACGAGAUAGCAUCGGUCCUGGACAUAAGGACAGAAGAGGAACAACUUGUGAUAAGUUACAACCGUGCAAUCAGAAGCCUCUCCGACAGCCCCAGUAGCGUCACCACAGGCGUCUUUAACCGGAUUUACAUAAGACGUGGCUUCAACAUCAAUCCGGUAUUUAAGGACAUUUUGCAAUAUUACUACCGCAGUGACGUCAAGAACAUUUUAUCGGCGACGCAGGCGGCGGAUGAAAUAAACACCGAUGUCGCCAAGGCAACGAGAAACCGCAUCAAGGAUCUUGUGUCAGCGGAUGCUCUGCAGGAAGCGGUCAUGGUCUUGGUCAGCGCAUUGUACUUCAAGGGCCUGUGGCUGACUCCGUUCGACAAGACCGUGAAGGAGCCGUUCCUCACGGCCUCAGGGGACAAGGAGGUCGACAUGAUGAAGCUUUUUACCCGGGUGCCGUACGUAAAGAUGUCUAGUUUUGAUGCGAUCGCCUUGCCGUACAAAGACAAAAAUUAUGUAAUGCUGAUCUUGCGUCCACUGACACGUAACAUGGCUGCCGUUUCCCGUCUGAGGGACUCUCUGGACUCCCUCGAUGUCGCCGAUAUCAUGAAGCGUUUGCGCUCAUUAUCCGUGCAAAUAAGUAUGCCUCGUUUCAAGAUAACAGCAAGUUACGAGCUGCAGGAAACGAUGUCCCAGUUGGGAAUUCGCACUCUCUUCACGGCUAAAGCAGAUCUGUUCACCAUUGCCGACGGGCCGCUGACUGUCAGCAACAUCAUCCACAAGGUGUUUAUUGAGGUGACGGAAAAAGGCACUGAAGCUGCCGGAGCGGGAGCUGUUACUAUCGUAAGUACAAGCAUACGGCCUCCACCCAUUCAGUUCACUGCUGAUCGUCCCUUCUUUGCCAUUGUCUGGAAUAAGAGACACAUGAUCAACAUGUUCUCAGUGUACAUGGCUUCACAAUAGAUGUGUGGCUUGCAUGUUGGGAACUGUUCUGGUACAGCUCUUGCUCCGCAAGUGUGCAUGGUGUGAGUAAUUAAGAAGUGCAUCUGGUGGUGCAGCUGCUACCAGUUCUGUCACGCACUAGAGGGAAAACUAAAACCCAAACAAAUUGAAGUGACCAAGUUCACGGUUACAAAAUACCAACUGACAUGAUCACCGUAACCUGUGUAUUUAAUCUUUCAAAUAAGUUGGAUACUGAUCAACAAAAACAUGCACUCAAUGCGGUAGCGUUUUUGUCCAAAAUUGGUUACAUUUGUGCAGAAGUUUGCAACUCAACGUUGAGAAGCCGAUAGCAUGCUCGCUGUGCUGCAAUGUAUUUCAGGCAGAAAUAUGCCGUGAGUCUUUUUUAAUCAUUUAAAAAGGGAACGCAGUGUGCGUCGUCAAGCCUCUUUUUAUAGAGCAGCAGCGACGGCAUUGGUCACAUUCUUUUCGUCUCUGUUCACACCACCGCUUGAGAAAAUAUAUAAGCAUGUUUUGUCGUUGUUUUUCACUGAAGGCUAUUGAAAACUGUUGCGAAAUGCACUAGCAGGCAUAAUCUGACGGCUUGAUUAAUGAUAAUGCUGCUAAAAUGUAUAAAUAACGUUCACCUUCUUCAGAAAUUGCACUUAAAUCAGAUUUCAUCUACUUUUUUCGUACCUCGGAUCACUUUGAAUUCCGUUGCUAUUAGUAAAGUGGCCUUUGCAAGAUCAGAUAAUCCAAGGUUAUGCUAGGUUACUUUGACAUUUUUGACCCGAUUUGACCAUUUGAUGGUCAUAUGAUCGGUACCUUUGCGACCCAGACUGGUUUGUAUGGCCUUUCUAGCAGUGUUUUUCUAAUCGACGCAACGCUUUUAGUUCUAAAUAGAACCGGUAGGGCCAAUGGAACAGCGGAUUUCACCCAGUUGACCUGACAUGACAUAUCACAGACCACACGUGUCGCUGUCCAACAGUGUUUAUGCCAUGGACUUUUCCUGGAGGUGUUGAACACCGUCUUCGGCAUUGUAGCAUGCUUACUUUGGAGAUGACAGGAAGGGUAAAAAGCGCUAACUUGACCUAUUAUGACUUGAUUAGACAUGUCAAAGGUCCCAUUUCACAUAGCUAAAUCACAGCUAUACACUACAGUUCGGGACGGGGCUUGGGGAACGUUUC